AUGGAGUGGUCCAAAUUUGCAGAACCGCGAUCAAUAACAUAUCCACGCCGGCCACCAAUGUCUAUGCUCCUACUCGGGAAAACAUGGAACUGCCUUAACAAGAUUAGAACCGGACAUGCCCAAAUUAAAGAAAUGCUAUUCAAAUGGAGACUGACAGAGAGUACUCAGUAUGAUUGUGGAGACUUAGUACAAAGUAUUAAACAUGUCGUCCAGGAAUACCCCCUGAGAAAGUUUCAAGGAACAUGGGAUGAUAUUCUCACAGCGUCCCCUGAAGCAAUUUAA